GAGGUAGUGCUCCAGUCCCGUUGGGUCGUAGGUAGUUCAUGUCCUUGAUACGGUCAGCAGGGAUUGAGUCAUGGGAGAGACAGUGGAGUGAAGGUCGUAAACAGAGACAUUUUUAUUGAAUACAUGGGUCUGUGAGGGUAGAGAUGGGAAUUGUGGGGUGUAGGAGAGAAGUGGUACGGAACAGAUAUGGGCACAUGGGCUUGAACGCCAAAUUGAGAGUCAUGGGAAAAUAUGACACGAUUGUGUGAAGAGUGUUUGGUGUUGGAAAUGGUAGAACGUGUGUUGUUUUUCUGUGAAAGGUAUGACGUAGUUAGGGAGAAAAUGUAUGACAGGAUUGUGGAGGAUAAGCGGGUGAGGGAAAAGGAAGGAGGUAGUUAUAAUUAUGAGGGUACGAAUUGGGAGGCCGUAACCUGCCUCACAUUCCAGUGCAGUAGGUGGGGGUAUAUGCGUCUUUAGUUGGAUGCGAUCUGCCAACCAAAAAUGAAAGAAGAAGAAAAAACUCCAAGAAGCGUAAGCAUGGCAACCGCUUCUGUAUGUGGUCAAAAUGGCGAAUGAAGAAAACCCACUAACGCUCCUAGUUGCCUCUGAGCCAAAGAAAGGUCGGGCUCCAAAAGCUCCAGAACUUCCCAUUCCGGAGCGCAAAAACUGGCUCAUCCACCUACAUUACAUCCGCAAGGACUACGAGACCUGCAAGGAUAUCAUCAAAGAACAGCUGCAAGAGACCCGGGGAAUGUGUGAAUAUGCAAUAUACGUACAAGCACUGAUCUUGCGUCUGGAGGGGCAGAUCCAGCAGUCACUAGAGCUGUUCCAAAGCUGUGCCAUCCUCAAUCCUGCCAACCCGGACAACCUCAAGCAAGUGGCCCGAUCACUUUUUCUGCUUGGGAAACACAAGGCUGCCAUUGAGGUUUAUCACGAAGCCGGGAAACUCAAUGAUGAAGACUGGGAGGUCCACCAUAAUCUGGGUGUGUGCUAUUCUGUCAUAAAGGACUACAAAAAUGUCUGUGUUGUUUCCCAGGCUGAGGAGCAGUUAAACGCAGCCUUGCAGUUGAACAAACAAGACCGGACAUUCCUCACACUGGGGAAGGUCCAUUUGUUGUCGAGAGACACAGACAAGGCAGUUGACGUGUACAAGGCUGCAGUGGAGUUCUCUCCUGAGAAUACAGAGCUGCUGACCACUCUGGGGCUGCUGUAUCUGCAGCUGGGAAAAUACCAAAAAGCAUUUGAACAUCUGGGGAAUGCACUUACUUUUGAUCCUAGUAACUAUAAGGCCAUCCUGGCAGCCGGCAGUAUGAUGCAGACCCACGGGGACUUUGACGUGGCCAUGAACAAGUACCGCGUGGCGGCGUGCGUAGUCCCCGAGAGCCCCCCGCUCUGGAACAACAUCGGCAUGUGCUUUUUCAGCAAGAAGAAAUAUGUAGCUGCCAUCAGCUGUCUGAAGCGGGCCCACUACCUGUCUCCGUUCGACUGGAAAGUUCUGUACAACCUGGGCCUGGUGCACCUCACCAUGCAGCAGUACGCCUCCGCCUUUCACUUCCUCAGCGCCGCCACCAACCUGCAGCCUCGCCUUGGAGAGCUUUACAUGCUGCUGGCAGUUGCGCUGACCAAUCUGGAGGACUUGGACAACGCCAGGAGAUCCUACGAACAAGCUGUGGCUUUAGACCAUUCCAAUCCUCUGGUCAACCUGAAUUUUGCCAUUUUACUGUACAACCACGGGGACAAGAAGGGUGCCCUGCAACAGUACCAGGAGAUAGAGAGGAAAGUCAACAUGCUGAAGGACAGCAACACUGAGUUUGACUCUGAGCUGAUGGACAUGGCUCAGAAGAUGGCCACAGCUUUGCAGGUAGGAGAAAGCCUGGUUUGGACCAAGCCAGCCAAAGACACCAAGUUCAAGCAGGGCUCAGCGGGUGUCCCGAUUAAAACCCUUGGCAGCUCCCAGCAGCCCCUUGGGACCAACCAGGCUCUGGAGCAGGCAAUGUCCUCCGCAGCAGGCUACAACAGAAGCAUCACACCCAGAGUGUCUCUCAGCCAGCCCAAGCGGUCCUCCGUGCCCUUGGCGGAGUCGUCGGGCUUGGAGAACCCUCCUGCCGUGCCUGGCGACGCUUCCGGUACCCCCCGGCCAGAAGAGUCCGACACCCCUGACACGUUGCCCCCUUUGGCAGCCAAACCUAAAGUCAAGAGCAAGUCGAGGCAGGAGCUGAACUAGGGUUCCCUAUCUACGCCAUGGCCUUUAGUGUUUAGAAUAUAGUAUGGCACUAAGCUGAGUCUCUGCAUGGGAACACCUGAGCAAGAAUAGUUAACUGGCUUCUUGAAUAUGCAUGUUACAAAUUGAUGUGUUGUUCAGUUUUGUAAGCCUUAUUGCUGUUUUCUACUGUUUCUCCACAGUGAGUUAUGGUCUUACUAACCACAGUGAGUCUUACAAAUGGUAAUAAUGACAUUACUUUCUGGUCAUCAAAGGCCUUGACAUUAUCUCUGCUCUGUACAUUUCAGAUCUUUCUCUGUUCAACUUUCUCUUCAUGUCUCUGCCAUUUGUUAACAUGCCGAGCUAAAUGCAGUGUAUCAUUUCUUAAUUAAGCCUGGGCAAGAGUGGCAAAUCUGGAUUGCCGUUUGUUAUUCCAGUAAAGAUGCAUUCCAUCCCAACUAACCUCUGUAUCUGACAAUCAAGAAUGAAAUAAGUGAAAGGAAGAUUGGUGUAUUGAAUGUUUUAUGAAUGUCAAAUGUUUUGCUUGUUUUGAAAAUAUGUAUAUUUAUUGUUGGAAAAUAUAAAGUGUCUUCACAAUG